GAAAACGAAGGAUUUCAAACUCCGCAGAAUACCAGAGAAAUUUGCAGGUUUUGGACGAGGUUUGAGAGUAGUAGCCGAUUAUAAUCCUGACGAUGCUGUUGAUGGUACCGUGGUCAAUGCUGGAGCUAUAAGGGUUAUGAUCUUGGAGUCCUCAGAGUUUCCGUCAGUGGACGAAUCGAAUCUUGUCCGUCCAUAUACUGAGUCUUUUCACAUUAUACAUCCCACCUACACUUACUGUUCGGAAGAUGUCAAAGCACUACCAAGUUACAGUCGUAAAUGUCUGUUCGAGGACGAGAUGCGCGUACGUCACUUUGGCGAGUACAGCAGUAGCGACUGUAGCCUGCUGUGCUACAUUGACCUGAUCCAGCGGCACUGCAAUUGCCUGAUGCACUAUGUGCCUUAUGUGAGACAUGAGCGAGCCUGCAAUAUUUCCAGCAUUCCCUGUAUCGCGGCUGUUAGGAUUCAACUGACUAACUGGCACGAAGACGACUGUGACUGUCCUCGCGACUGUGAAUCGUUUAAUUAUCGAUCAGAGGUGAUGCUCGGGAACUUAAAUGCGCUGGAGCAACUCGCUGAAAAUCCUUAUGAAGGUAUCGUGUUCAACAAAAGUACAUCAUUAUUAAACUUUAACUUACCGAGAACGUCGUACGUAAAGAAGAAACAGGAGACUGUAAUGUCAGUUGUCAUCUUCUUUUCAAAUCUCGGAGGCGUUUUUGGAUUGUGUCAGGGAUGCAGUAUUAUAAGCCUCUUCGAGGUGUUAUUCUACAUUUACAUGGCGAUUAGGAAUAAGUUCAAAAACAGAGUCAAAGUGCAACCUCUGAACUACGUAAAUUAAUAAUAUUAAGUUCACAGUUUGUUCUUGGUCUUUUGAAAUAUUUUUACACUGUGAACGGUAUUUUAUUGGAGCCCAAUAACAGGUCAACUUUACUGUUUUAAAAAAAAAUCUGAACACCGCUUAUAUAAUAAUAAUGUCGCUGUAGAAUGAU